AUGAAUGGCAAAAGGACGCCUGCAGACUAUGUUUUCCUGGAGAAACUAGGGCAAGGCUCCUAUUCCACGGUGUUUCGCGCGGUAGAACGCAACAAAAGCUCCCGGAAUUACGCCAUAAAAGUGUGUUCUAAGAAGCACAUCAUUCGAGAAAAAAAGGUCAAAUAUGUGACCAUUGAGAAGGACCUGCUCAACAAUUUGGCCCAGGGCGCACACCCUGGGAUUGUGAGACUUUUCUGCACCUUCCACGACGCAGAGAGUCUGUAUUACGUGCUUGAAUAUGUCAGCGGAGGAGAGCUUCUAGGCUUGUUGCGCAGGAACGGGCCGCUGCCCGAAGCCUGGUCAAAGCACUUGUUCGCCCAGCUGGUGGACACUGUGGACUACAUGCAUUCCCAAGGUGUAAUCCAUCGUGACCUGAAGCCCGAAAAUAUCUUGUUGUCUCAGGAAGGUAGGGUGGUGAUUACGGACUUUGGAGCGGCUUGCGUACUUUCAAACCUGGGACAAUCGAAGGAUGAAGACCGCGCUGCGUCAUUCGUUGGUACUGCAGAAUACGUAGCUCCCGAACUUCUAAUGUACAGCCAAUGCGGUCUUGGUUCCGACAUUUGGGCCUUGGGGUGCAUACUCUAUCAAUUGACCCAAGGUGCUCCUCCCUUCAGAGGCGAAAAUGAGUUACAGACCUUUGAGCAAAUUGUAGCUCUAAACUAUAAAUGGCGACUUCCCACCACACCUCAAAUUUCGACUUUGGUGCGACGUAUUUUGGUUCUAGAUCCAUUACAGAGGCCCACGUCGAAGCAAUUGAAGCAGGAGGCUUGGCUUUCUUCAAUUGAAUGGAAUGAUAAAGCUUUCCUAUGGAAAGGCAUAUGGCAACUUCCCAAUAAAUCCAAGGCCAUUGGAGCUGUCUAUAGUGCGCAGGGACGCAGUCAAGCAUCAAACGGUCCAAACAUCAUAGACAGUCCUGCUGGCACUAUCAAAGUCAACAGGAAAAAACCAGCAUCCACCAAGAGUACAAGCGCUAUUGUAGAAUGGAGAAAAAAUCUGGGCCUCGGUUCUUUACCCACGCCUCCUCCAUCAGCGGGAAGUACGAAGCCGCCGCUUAAUACUCAUAUGCAUUCACAGCAGCAGCAGCAACACACCGGGCCAAUGGCAUCAGCUAACAUCGCUCAGACGCCACCACCCUCUGCUGCUCCUCCGAAAAUAUCUGCUUCUUCAACUCCUUUCUUGAAGAGGAGUUUGAUUAACAUUUUUGAGAUUCCUUACCGCGCUUCCCAAGAAUCCAUAUCUUUAGGCGCUUUUUCAAAUGUACAGGAUACUACCAUCGCGAAUUUUGUCGCAAAGAACAACACGGCCAUCUUAGAAAGGUCGUCGAACUGCAUUCUGUCGUUAGAUGUCAAAGGACGACUUGCAUGCCAGAGGCCGAACCAGCCGGUGACAUAUAUGGUUUCCGUCUCAGACCCGGACCUUUCAAUGUAUGAUUUUGAGUUCAACGAACUCUCAAGGACCGGCUUUUUGAUACUAGAGAAGUACAAAUCGAGGUUGUGGUUUUUAUCAUCCGUCGAACAAAAGGACGGUCUUCAGCCGAACGCCCAUCCCAUGAAUGAGGAAAAGCCGUGGAUUGACUGUUUUUUCACAGCGAGAAAAAUGGUUUCCGAAGCGGAUAACUCUGUAGCAAAGUCGCGUAGUUCACCUAAUCCAAACGAGCAUAGCAGGUCAAAUAACAGCGCUAAAAUAAGGCCGAAGUCGAGAGGUGAGAUACCCUCGCGGAUGGUGGUGAGCUCAAGUAGGUAUGAAGUACUUCGAGCAUUGUCGGACACGUCGAUCAAGACCGGCGACGCAAGCAGGGGUGCUAGUGCAGCAUUCAAUAGUCUGCGCAAGUCCUGA